UUCACUGUGUUUCUCUUUCGCUGUUUCCUUUUCGCCUCUCAACUUGCUUUUUCCGCAGCAAACAUUGUUCUCUCUGUUUCUUCUCUUUAAUCUUCUUUUCACUUUACUUCCUCUUUAUCCGGAGCUUCAACAACACAAGCACACUCGACACCAGAGCACGCUGUACUCUGCCAUUACUUCUCUUUCGGGCUUAGUCUGUGGCAGAGUCGUAAUGGAGAGAAAACAGGGCUUCUUUUCGGUUGUCCGAGGGCUGUCUCCGGGAAGGUCGCGGUCACGGUCUAAAAGUCCGGCGAGGAGUGCGUCCCCGAUGUCGGGUCUGCUCCGCCGGAGGAGGAACCACCAUUUAGCGCCGCCGGAGCCCUUCAUUUACCGAUCGGGGAGUUUGAGGCCGGCGGAGGCCUUGUCUCCGUUGAAAGAAGGGCCGGAUCCAGACGGAGCCGAGGGUGGAGAUUCUCGAAUGGAAGGUAGGUGGGCUCAGUGGAUGAAGGGACAGCUAGCGCGUGGACCCUCCGUUUCAACAUCGGCAUGUAAACGGUCCGAUCUGAGGCUGCUGCUCGGAGUGUUGGGUGCGCCGCUCGCGCCGGUGCACGUUAGCACGGUGGAGCCUUUGCCUCACCUCAGUAUCAAAGAUACUCCAAUUGAAUCUUCAUCUGCCCAAUACAUUUUGCAGCAGUAUAUUGCUGCGUCUGGUGGACAAAAGCUUCAGAAUUCCAUUCACAACUCUUAUGCCACGGGAAGAGUGAGGAUGAUAGCUUCUGAGUUUGAGACAGCUAACAAGGUCACCCGGAAUCGUAACUCCUCUAAGGGUGCAGAGUCCGGAGGAUUUGUCCUUUGGCAAAUGAAUCCAGACAUGUGGUAUGUGGAGCUAGCACUUGGUGGUAGCAAGGUUCAUGCUGGCUGCAAUGGGAGGCUUGUGUGGAGGCACACACCAUGGCUUGGUGCACAUGCUGCAAAAGGGCCUGUUAGACCUCUACGUCGUGCCCUUCAGGGCCUUGAUCCAAAAACAACUGCAAGCAUGUUUACCAAUGCAAGAUGCAUUGGGGAAAAGAAGAUAAAUGAAGAGGACUGCUUCAUUCUCAAGCUGUGUGCAGAUCCUGCAACAUUGAAAGCCAGGAGUGAAGGACCUGCAGAGAUCAUAAGGCAUGUGCUAUUUGGCUACUUCAGCCAGAAAACUGGACUCCUUGUACAUUUGGAGGACUCACAUUUAACUCGAAUUCAGAACAAUGGAGGAGACGCUGUGUACUGGGAGACCACAAUCAACUCAUUCCUUGAAGACUACAGACCAGUUGAAGGAAUUAUGAUUGCUCACUCAGGCCGUUCCAUAGUAACUCUUUUCCGGUUUGGAGAUACAGCAAUGAGCCACACAAGGACCAGGAUGGAAGAGGCAUGGGCGAUUGAGGAAGUGGCAUUCAAUGUACCAGGCUUAUCAAUGGACUGUUUCAUCCCCCCAGCUGAACUAAGAUUGGCUUCUAUCAGUGAAGCCUCUGAGUUCUCCCAAGGCCCCACAGUAAAAACUACUGUGAGUACUGCACUUCACCGAUCCAAAAUCACAGCAGUUGAUGGAAGAUCAUGACAGUGGAGGUAAGUUGGUUACAAUAGCAUCUGGAAGAAAUACAUUUUCAGCUUUUGUGCUGCGGUGAAGUUGUCACGGAGCUAGGGUAGUAGUGCUGUAGUGUUACUUGACUAACAAUGUAGGAGGUGAAUGUAUAAGUUUAUAGUUAUCUGUGGAAGUUUUGGGCGUUGGAUCAAUGUCUCUUUGAAUUUGUAAAUAGCGCACAAACAGUCAUCUACAGAUCCUCUGGUUAAUAUUGUUACUAAGGCAUCUAUCAAGCAAAUGAGAAAAACCAUUAUGGAACCAGCGAUUUGGUUAAUCGAUCAUGACUGUAUGAAAGGAUUUUCCUCCACAUUCUGCCCAUGCAAGAUAAAUAUGGUGAACUGUG